GUGCCCACAAUGCACCUCACAAUUAAUAGUGCACCCUCACUCAGCAAUGGUAACGGUGGAACUGUAAGUGCGGGGAAUAUUGGUAACGGAACCAAUGGUUCAUCGACUGGAAAUAGUGGCGGCUCUGCUGGCAGUGGUGGAAGUCUAAAUGUAUGUGCUCAAAAUGGCAACAGUCACUCUGGACAACAUGAAAGUCCAGGGAAUGGAGGUUCAGGCGGCGGUGCAAAUACAGGCAGAUCCAGUAAUAAUGGCAAUGGCACCAACGGCAGAGGAGUUGGCGGAACUGGAAACGUUAGCGGUACCGCGACCAAUGGCAAUGGAUCGAGCACGGGUGCCGGCAGCGAAAGUGGCCCACCGUCGGCGGCCAGCAUCUUGAACGAUACUUACACCAAAAUGACAUCAGAUAUCCUUGCGGAGCGGACGUUGGGCGACUUUCUGUCCGAGCACCCGGGCGAGCUUAUCCGAACCGGGAGUCCUCUGUUUGUGUGCACUGUGCUGCCCCCGCACUGGCGCUCGAAUAAAACACUUCCGGUUGCGUUCAAGGUCGUCGCUCUCGGUGACGUCGGUGAUGGUACGAUGGUAACGGUGCGAGCCGGCAACGAUGAAAACUAUUGCGCCGAACUGCGUAACUGUACAGCGGUAAUGAAGAAUCAGGUUGCCAAGUUCAACGAUCUGCGAUUCGUGGGCCGAAGUGGUCGUGGAAAAAGCUUCACGCUAACUAUUACUGUAUCAACAAGUCCACCACAAGUUGCCACUUAUAACAAAGCAAUCAAAGUUACGGUUGACGGGCCACGGGAACCCCGAUCGAAAACAAAUAUGACCCAAUUUGGCCUAAGCUCCACUAACUCUCACUGGAGCUAUAGCUCAACGGGUCCAUACUCACCGUAUCUCACUUCGUGCACAACUCCAACUGCUUCCCAGUUUAACAAUCCGUCGCUUGGGUUUACGUGUAGCUCGGGUGAACAGGCUGGUGGACAGGAUUUUUCCGCUUCAGCGCGUGACUGCGUUACAAUGUUACCGGACUCCACGGCUACCGACCUGGACCAACACCUAAGCAGCCUGGUAGGGGCAACACAACAAGCCACAAGCCAUAUGGUCCAAACAAAUAUAAUCUCAGGUGGAGCAGGCGUUACCAAUAACUCGAACAACACUGGUGGUAGCGGUAGUAGCGGAAACAGCUUAACUCCACAAAUUCCCGCUCACUUGUCGAAUAGUCUUAUAGUACCCCGAUACGCACAGUCAACGGGUACCAACAAUCACGUGGACGCCUACGGACUCACCAGCAAUCAAAGCGAACCUCGUAGUUUAAGUGACUCGUCGCAAGCUGAAUCUCCUGUGCAAGAUGACUUACUUACUUCCAACACACCCAACCUUGGUCCCAGCAGCGGUCCCACAACUACCACCGGUGCUGGUGACAGCGGCGGUGUAAAUGGUGGUGCUAAUGGUGGAGGAAGCAAUGGUGGGGGAGGUGGUAAUAGCAAUGGACUACAUCAAAAUUUCUCAAACAUUGUAAUGAGCCAAAGCAAUGGAGGAUCCAACGCAUCCACAACACCCAACUUUGUAGGUUCGAAUGGGACCAGCAGCUGUAAUGGUUCACCACUCUACCCCGUCCUGCCAGCUAGUCUACUUUACUCACAGCUGUACACAGCUGCAAACCAAUCGGUGGGAGGAUUCGGACAUGCAGUAAAUCAUCACCAUCAUAUCCAGUCCACGCACGGAGCGGUGGCAGCUGCUGUUGCCGUUGCUACUGGAGGAAGUCCGGUACAAAACAGUGCAUCUGCCGCCGCGGCAACAGCAGCCGCUGCUGCUAUGCAUGCUGGCGAACUUCAGAGUGUUAUGGACCAUCUUACGGCUGGUACUACCCAAGCUGCGGCUGUUGCGGCAGCGGCCGUGUCUCAUCGACAUCAUUACCAUCAUCAUCAAACAGGAGCAAACUUAAUUGGUGGACACGGCCAUGGCAAUCAGAGUAGUGGUGUAGGGGUCAUUACUAAUCCUGAAUUGUCGCUUAUUGGAAAUUGCAGUGCAAUGGCCCGUGGAGCCCUCGACGAAUCAACUCAUCGAGUACUGAGUGGUGCUGGAGUUGUCGGUGGGCGAUUAAAUGGCCACUCCGAUAAUACUAGCCAGGUAGGACAGACCACCGAUAAUGGGAAUUCUGUCUGGCGACCGUACUGAAACAGAACUAUCGCGAGUGUGCCCGGUAUAACCACCAAUUGUAUAUCCGAGAAAAGAAUACCAUUCCCACCAUCAUUUACUUCUAUCUCAUCUUAAUCUCAACCUAGUGCUUACAAAAACUCCUCAAUUAUAUAAGGUUGGUCAGACUAGUUAUAAGAAAUACGUUAUUCAAAAUGUACAGGAUUGAAAUGCAUAUGCAAUGUUAGCCCUGUAAAUCAAAUAUAAAAUUAAUAUAUGAAUCAGCCGUAUAUGCUUGCUCCCACGAAAAAGAGAUAUGUUGACUGGCCAAUUAAUGGCACAAUGAUAAUCAGUAUGUAAAACUUUUAACAGAUACUCGAUACAAUUUCUGGUAAAAAACAUCAUCUAGCAAUAUUAUUCCUCGUGGAGGGGGAAAUUGAGCAAGGUUCGUGAAGAAGGAAGCGAGUAGCAAAAUUAUCCAAUUGCAACAGGCUACCAUGAAAAUGUUGCAAGGAAUAUUUCUUCAUGACAUAUGUUUCGGCAGUGAUGUGGGAACAGAUUUGUAGUCAAAGAAUCUUAUCGUGUGAGGGCAUCUAAUCGUUAUUAAUUAUGAAGCAAUUUAUUAUUAUUGAUCGCUUCCUGUAAAUAAAAAUCGGUAUAACUAUCCUGUUUGUGUCCAUACAGUUUGAUUCGUAAAACUCUUUUUCAAAGCCUGUAGAUUCAUUUUAAUGAAACAAAUGUGUGAAUAAAUGCUAAAUUUAACCCUUAGGAUUAAUUGCCUAUUUAAGCAAGGCAUUGAGAACAUGUCUAUCAUAUAUUAAGGAACGUGAGCUAGAACAACACAGAUAUAUUUUCAAAUGCGUGUCCAUGGGAGAGCGCUUAACGCAUAUGCACGCAUUUCGUAAUAUUUUGUAUACAUGAUACAACCUAGUUUUAUCAAAGCCAAUACAGGGUUUUCCAAUUGAGUUUAGACAAGCAGCAUACUUUUUUUUAAUAGUCGCAAUAGAUUCUUGACUAG